GUGACGAAGGCAUCAUCGUGGAAAUCAAUGGGGAAUGCCGGAACUGUACAGUGGUAUUCGAAAGCAGUCAGGAGAAAACCAAGGUUGCCUUGAAACACUUGCGCGUCAUUGGUCAAUUUCGCGCAGACGGACGCAAUGGCAUGCCCAGCGGCGCCGGUCGUGCAGCGAACUUGCCCAUGGCUCUUGCUCAACAAGCUGUGCCUGCAAUGCGAUCAGCAGAUGCAGAUCAGUUGAAGGCGUUGGAAGCCCAAACUGAGGAUUUGCGAUCACGACUGGCGGCCAGCACUCACCGAGCAGAUGCCGCCGAGGCUUGGGUGGAGAAGCAGCAGCUGGAAUUGGUUGCCAAGGCCCAUGAGUCUGCCGGCAUGGCCGAACAGCUGCAAAGGUUACGCGAUGAAAGAUUGCAACUCGAAGAUGCGCUUGUGGAAAAGGAGGCAUCCAUUGAGAAAUUGCGCGGUGAAGUGGAGCAGGCGGGUCAGCUUUGCAAGCAGCAAAAUGCAACGAUGGCAGAUUUGGAGGCUCGCAAUCGUCAGCUUCAGGGGCAGUUGCAGGAUUUGCAGAAUAUCUGCAGACAGCAAGCUCACCAGGACAAGCAAGCCAAGGACCUUGAGAUGGAGCGCAUGCGAGUGGAAGCAUGUUCUGUUGCUUCAAAGACCGAAGCGUUGGCACGGGCCGAGGUCCGGCUGGACCAGCAACAGCUGGAACUGAUCGCAAAGGCCAACGAUAUUGCUCGGCUUGCGGAAGAGUUGCACAUAUCACGCGCUGAAGCCUUGCAAGCGGACCUGGCGCACGCACGGGUAGAGGCGGUCGAGGAGCAGAUGAGUAGCGAGCUGGAACAGGCACAGCAGCUAUCUGGACAGCGUGGGGCGGCAGCUUUGAAUUACGAGGCGCAGCUUGACCUGUCGGAGUUGAAGCUGGACGCGCAGAUGCAAGAGCUGUCGGCGCAACAUGAGCUGACAUCGUCAUUGAGACUGCAGUUAGAGGCGGAGGUGCGGAAACACUGCGCGUCCCCUCGUACACAGCUGCUGGAGGAGGAGAUUCACGCCAAAGAUGCUGAGAUACAGCAGCUGCGCGCAGAGCAGCGCACGGUGGCUGAAACUAUGGCUUCCUUGAAGACCGAGGAGUUGGCCAAAGCCGAGGCUGCAGCUUGUCAUAUGCUGAGAGAGGAGCUGGCUGCAGAGAAGGCUCACAGAAAUGAUUUACGAAACGUCACGCUGCCAAAAGCAGGUGCAGCAGAGUCGAGCAAAGUGCGGCAAGCCGUGGCCGCUGAGUGGCCAAGGCUCUCUGAGGCUCCGCAGCGACCGGGCAAAGACGCCGCGAUGCAUUCUCCUUCCGCAGAGCGCUCGCAAUGCGCGGGCUCAAUGUCAUGGAUGCCAAGCGGAGAUGUGGCAGAGGUUGUCGAGCCCAGCUGGCCAGAGGACCAAGACAUGAGGAAGUUGGUCCCAACAAGUCCAACGAGUCCAACUAGUGUGGGCAAAUACGCCGAGGAGUCUGGUGAUGAGUGGUGA